AGCCCUAGACACAAUCAACAAAGUGCUGAGAGUCCAGAAAAAAUUCUGGCCAAGCCUCAAGUUUCACGCCAAAAUCCCAGAAAUCAAAUCGGAGAGAGAAAGACAUCAAGCUGCGAGCCCAAGUCAAGGACCGCCCAGGGCUCAGAGUGCUAGGCCAAGUUUUGAUACGCCAAGGACACCAGCUAACCGUCCUGCGUCCUCCAGACCCGUUGGAGAUGCGGGAAGAUAUGCAUCGCCGUCUGCCUCCCUCUCAGACUCCAGCGUGACUGCUACUACCAGCGGCACAGGCCUCUCAUGGAAUAUUCCCAUGACAGGUGGACGCCAUUCCGCUGGUCAAGGUCAGGGUCAUGGUCAGGGGGCGAGGCCAAAGGUCGGCCCACAGCCCACCAUAAACGAGCAGCAGCAACAACAGGCCGUAACUCAGUCGACUUCAGAUGAAAUGAAAACGUCUGCCAAUGCGUUGGAGAGCGGUAGUAAUGAAACAAAUUCUGCUGUCUCGUCUGCCGAGACUGAAAUACCAACUGCCAGUCAUCCCGGGGUGUACGUCGGAACAACUAAGGGCGGAGCGUCCGCCAUCAUGACGCCAGACUUGCCUGUCAAUCCAGUCCGGGAGGCGGUCAAACAGCAGGUCACAGCUCUGGCAGCUCAGCUGGAGGCCGCACAUCUAAGUGGGGCAGACACGGCCGUGGCGCUGCCUGAUGCCAGCACUCGUUCUGAGACGCCGCAGCCCGCCCUAGAGAAAAAAGGGCCAUUUCGGUCGAGUCUGUACAAAGACACGCCAGAUCCCGAGCCUCUCCUUCAGUCCGUGGAUCUGACCUCUCCUCCUAUAGAAAAGAAGAAAAAAUCGAAACGAAGCAAAGAGAGGAGGAAAAAGGACGGAAAGAAAAAACAAUGGGUGUCUGCCAUGGCGAGCCGAGAAGUUCCACUUGGUGACUCGCAGGACGGCAAUGCUGGGGUGUCUGGGACAGCGGCAACACUGAGCUCAGGGGAUCAGAACUUCAGCGGGAACUCUGGGGGAGAUGAAGAGGCUCAAGGGGCGUGUGGUGGCUCUGCCAGACCCAACACUGUGGAAGAAUUUCUUAGGAUGGAGGGGGCGGAUCAGAUGUUUGCUGUUCAGCCUUUGACGUGGUGUCCACACCUGACGGAAGUGCAACCUGUGCCGACCUCAGGACUGGACAGUGGUCAGCCUUGUGCCACAUGCGGUGACACGUCCGAAAAUUGGGUUUGCCUGACAUGCUUCAAGGUUGAGUGCAGCCGCUACGUCCAGGAGCACAUGCUCUUCCACCGGCUGGAGACUGAACACAACCUGGCCCUGAGUUACUCGGACAUCAGUGUCUGGUGCUACGCUUGUGACCAAUACGUGCACAAUGAGGCUAUCUUCCCUCACAAAAACGCAGCCCACGUGAGCAAGUUUGGCGAGUCCCUCCCUGGAAUGGCCUAGUGCUCUCCCUCCUCACAUGCGCCCAUAUUUGGCUUGAGGCAUAGACCAAGCAACAGUUUCCCCACCGGGAUUGUUUUUAUUUUCUUUUUUUUUUACCAGAAGAAAGUUAAAUUUGCAAGGGUAUUUCAUGUGUAUUUGAAACGUAUGAUGCUUUAUAAAUUAGAUAGAUGUUAUGCAGUUUGCACUGUCUGAAUGGUUUUCAAAUGAUCUCCAACACACACGCGCGCACGCACACACACACACACACACACACACACACACACACACACACACACACACACAUAAGCACAUACACACAUCUAUACACAAACGCAUGCACUCUUAUAUACUAUUGCUGAAGAUCAAGACUACUGUGCACCAGCUGGUCAGACAAUGUUUUAGUCAUGAUUUUACAGGUCAUGAUACAAUGUAACAGCUCUAAACUCUCAACUUAAUGGAUCAUACUCUUUUUCAUAGCUAUGUUUUGUUGGGUUGUUGUUUUGUUUUGGUUAUUUUUUUAUUUUUUUGUGGGGGGGUGGGGGGAUUGGUUCCAAAUGUUAUUCAGCAAGACUUAUCUAAAUAAUAAUAAUAUAUGUCUUUUAAUGUGUGUGAGUAUUAUUAUUUUCACAUUUGGUAAUAAAACUUUCUCGGUAAUUUUCCAUUUUUAAGACUGAUACAAUGUUAUGAAAAGUUAUGAUAAAUAUGAUGAACUUCAUUUCAUAAUACCUCACAAGUAUUUUUUUUAUCUUACCUGAUCAUAAACAGAUAAUAUAUCUGUCCAUGUGAUCUGAUAAUAAAUGUAUGUGUGGUUUCGUGGUGAAAUCAGGUAGUCGUCAAAAUAAUGAAAUCAAAGAAACCAACAUUUUUUGUGCCGUUGAGCAAUUUUUUAUCAAAAGUUUUUCUCUUGGGCUCAACACUUUAAUGGUUAUUUAAAAACACAUUCCUGCAAGGAUUUUACUAGCUUUGGUAGUCACAAAUUUUUGUUGACAUUUUGCGGCUAAUGUUACCUCUGACACCAGGCAACCUCCACCUCCUUCUAUCGCAAAUUUCUCUAUAUCUAUUCAAGAGAGAUGGGUAUUUUAUCCUGAAAAGCAAGGUCAAUGAACUGACUUUAAGAUGAUACCAAUAACUUAAUAUGCCCAAUAGUUUAUGAGUGCCUGAUUCCACUGGAUCGUGACAUAAACAGUAUCUUUUUUAAUCCUGCUCAAAAUGCAAUAUAAUAAUUUGUAUUUAUUGCAUUUUUCUCCUUGCUUGAUUACCUCACAGCAACUGAUGGUGUGCAAUCAACUUUCUUUGCAAUAUAUAUUUUUUUUUCAUGAAUUGAAGUGAAGUAAUGCAUGAAGGAAUGAGAACUAAAAAGCAUAACUUUAUGCUUUUUAUGUGGAUUUUGUUUAAAAUUUUAAACACAGCCACUCCCAACUUCUUCUGUCAAAGCUGUGUUUAAUUUCACAUAAUCAAGUCUGUUCGGUUCAUGAAAUACUGAUGAAUUUGAACAAAAAGGGGAACCUUCACCCUACCCUAGUGUCUGCAAA